AUGGCGUCUGCGUCGCCAUUUCACAUGCCAGGCGCCUUCCACUUCUCCGAGCCGACCACCUCCUCCACCGCCCUCAACGCCAACAUGUUCCGCCCUCCAGUCUCACCAUCCUCCUCCACCUACAACCUGUCAAAGUCCACCGGCUCGAUGCUCUCGGAUAACACCUCCGCCAACAACACAACACCUGUGCCGAAAUUAGGGAGGAAACGCACAUACGAUGAAAGCAGAGGCUCCAACUCGUAUUUUGAUAAGGUUUCAGGAAUGGAGGACAGUGCGCAGGGCCAGGAUAGGUACACAUUGGCAGGUCAAAUAGAGACGCCCGGCACACAAGUCACACCGGGGAAUGGCGGACUGGACGACAGCCUGUACUCUGACAUUGACUACCGACGCCGCUUGGAGCUGGGAUCAAAAAGACCGCAUGAAGACCCGACAACACCGUCACUCGGUCUAUCGAACCUAGCCCAGGCCGAUACGACGACACCAAUCACUCCCAGGACAGCAGGCUGGACCACUUUUGCCUUUCAAGCGAUAGGAGGUGUUGUGGGAAAAGUCUGGGAGUUCUGCAAGGGCGGCGCUGGUGCAUUCCAAGGCUUCCAAGCAGGAGGUGGAAAGGCCUAUGAAACGAAUGGCCAACCCAUCAACAACCCGCCACCACUUCGUCUUUCUACGGACGUACCGUCCUAUUCUUACGAACAAGACAACCCACUCAGCCCACCAGGCGCUUUCCCCGUGGCCUCCGACGUGAUCUCUUAUCUUCCGGACAGUAUCCCGGACUACCAAGACCACAGGCAAGAGGAAAUCUACCGUGAAUACCCGGACCAAGAACAACAGGAGCAGCAGCGAGUCCUGCAGGAACAACAGGAACAGCAGGAACGCCAAUUGCGGGAGCAGGAACAGCUGGAAGCCCUUCGGCGAGAAGAGUCUCCAGACACAACACCCGAGCGACCUUCGGCCAAGAGGAGGCAGACGGGCACGAUUGGGGAGUCGGACGAGCUGAGGCGGAAUUGGGUCAUGGUUGAUGAAAACGAGCAAUCUCCAGCGGCGCGCAGGCCCGCGUUGAAUACCAAGCGCUCAUCACUGACAUCAAUACCUUCGUCUCGACUCCCGACCCGAAGUGCCAACAUGGCUUCUCGUUUGCAACAGCCGCGGUCCUAUGCGACCCCGACCAAGUCACCCGGUCCUAUGAAUCCCGCUGCUCGAAGAUUCAGUGUAACUUCACCGCGAUUUGGAUUCGAGCAGAAGUCCGGUAUCCAGCCUCCGCGCUCUGCAUCCAGGUUGUCCAUGGCCUCCAACGCCUCUUACGCGGGCGGCUCCCCGACAACACCAACAUUAGGCCCCAACGACGCGGCCAGCUUUGCGAGCCCACGAUCACCUCCUUCGCGAUCAACGCCAGUCACGCCAACCGUCGCGAUCAACGGCUCGCGUCUACCACAACCAAAGGGCCUCGGCCUCGGCCCCAAUCCCUUCGCAAACAUACGAACACUUCCAUCAAACACUCAACGACUCUCCCCCAGCCGGCCCACGAGCCGCCACUCCACCCACCACUCGAUCCACCACUCGCCUCUUACCUCAUCACUCAUCCCCAGGUCGGGCACGCCCUCAGGCAUUGGCCACCGGCGCAGCGCCACGAGCCUCUCGGCGGGCCGGGGUCGGCCCCCGGCCCCGUUCGACCCAGAGCUGAGCCCCCGCCUGGACGACGAGGCAAAGAACCUCGCGGUCAAGCAGGCGGCGGCCGAGAGGCGCAAUUCGUCGCGGCUCGACAGGCUGAACGGGGAGCUGCAGGCGCUGAUCCGGCAGGGUCAGGCAGCGCUAGACACGGAGUUCGACGUUGAGAUGGGAGAUGACGACGGGUGGGACGAUGCUAUAAAUUGA